CGCAGCGCAUACACAAUGGCUGCUCGAAAGAGAAGAAAGCAAACAAUUUUCAGGCCCGCCGCGUCUACCAAAAAAUAUGAGAAAAAAAUUAUUAAAAAUUCGGGAAAUUGUCGAAAGUGAAGAAAAAGUGAACAGAAAGGAUGUGGAAGCGUCCGGGAUCCAUCAGUCCAGGCAAUGAUGAGACGAUAAUACUGGAUAGAAUAGUUGCAUCAGUACGCUUCGGGCACUGCACAUCUGUCCAUGUAGCUGGUCUGCUGUAGGGUGCCAUGGCCACGGGAACUGAGGGCCACCGUGACCACGUCCUGGAGAAAGCCAAGCUCACACCACCCUCGGGGAGGCGCAGGAGAGCUGAAGGAAAGCCGAAGAAGAACUUUCCUUGUCAGGAGUGUCAGAAAGCAUUCAACAGCCUGGAGAAGUUGAAGGUGCACUUAUACUCUCACACGGGGGAAAGACCAUACGGCUGUUCUCACCCUGACUGCACCAAGGCUUUUGUCUCCAAGUACAAGCUGCUACGGCAUAUGGCAACUCACUCACCAGAGAAAAGCCACAAAUGUUCAUACUGUGAGAAAAUGUUUCAUCGCAAGGAUCACCUAAAAAAUCACCUGCAUACUCACGACCCACACAAGGAGGCCUUCACUUGUCAGCAGUGUGGCAAGAGCUACAACACCAAGCUGGGCUUCAAGCGCCACCUGGCUCUCCAUGCUGCUAACAAUGGUGACCUCACCUGCCAGGUGUGUCUGCAGCUGUUCCCCAGCACAGGGGUUCUCCUGGAACACCUCAGAACCCAUGCUGGCAAGUCCUCUGGUGGUACCAAAGAGAAGAAGCAUCACUGUGAGCACUGUGAGCGGCGGUUUUACACUCGUAAAGAUGUGCGACGUCAUAUGGUGGUGCACACUGGACGAAAGGACUUCCUUUGUCAGUACUGUGCUCAGCGCUUUGGUAGAAAGGAUCACUUGACACGCCACAUGAAGAAGAGCCACACCAGGGAGCUGCUGAGGGUCAAAACAGAGCCAGCUGAUUCCCUGCAGCCUGUCAUCUAUGAUCUGGCCUCUGGGAGCAUCAAGGGUGAGCUUCCAGGAACACUGACGCCAAGGUCCCACCAGUGCAAUGUUUAUCCAGGUUCAGACCUGGACUCUCACCCCUUGUCCAUAAAGUACCCACUGGGCUCCAAAUUUACCUCAUACACCAUUCCUCCACAUGAGAGGGAACCAAACCUGAAGGGAGAACUGGAGACCUUCCUGAUGGAGCUGCAGAGCAGCAUGCCAUCUUCCUCCUUGGCGGCCCAAGAACCCCAACUCUCCUCCAAACUUGAGUUGGUACCUCAUGAAGGUAUGCUGGAGGAUGCCGGUGAAGAAGUGUCCUUCUCCAAGAUGUCCACAUUGGGGACAACCACAGUAAUUGACUCUGUGGCUUCAUCUUCCUCUCUGAUGGACUUCUCGCAGCUGUUCAACUUCCUGCCACUCAACGGACCUCCUUACCAUCAGGUGGGAUUCGGCGAGGACCAGGGCAUCAACUUUCCAACCUCUGAAGAACUUGCAUCUCCAGCCCAGCUGCCCCUUCAGGCACCACCAGGCCCAGAAACUGCAGACAGUCUGCUUCAAGGACUUUCCUCCCCUUUCAUCUCCAAUCUGAGCACACCCACCACUCUGCCUUGCUUCCACCAGGCCUUCCAGUGACCAGCUGGACCGACACACACACAGAUAGUCAAAGGGACUGUCAGAACGAUUGUUAGGUUGUAGGACAAUCCAACAUAAAAAGGGCUAUCAGAACCAGGGUGAACCAUAACCUAGCUAGAUGCUGUGUUGAUGAUUAACUCAACGUUCUAGUCUAUCUGCUGAGCUUCAGCCCUAAUCAGUGCCAGCAGCAUCAGAACCUUCAGCUCCCUGAUGGUCACUGACAGACCGUCUUUGUUUUACUGCCAUGAACCAACAGAACCAUUCUGAAUCCCAUAUGAUUCACUUGGAUCUGGAUCUGUUCUGAACCCAUUCAAAAACCCGUUCUAUGACUGAUAAAUCAGACUGUAAAUUCCUCUGACCUCAUUAAAAGAAUCUGAUCUCGUCUUGUUUGGGCAAAGAUCCAAGCAGCUGUUGGAUUGGAUUUCACCAUCGUUUCCAUGGAAACCAUUUUACCUGAGUCUGGUGAGGCAUUUUAGUAAGUACCUGAUCUCUUCGAUCAUAUUGCUGUAAUAUCUGCAACCUGUAACCAGAUCUUACUCCGAACCCAAACAGGUGACAGCAUUCCACCUCGUAUGUCCGCAGAAGUCCUUCAGUCGUGGUUAAAGUUAAAAUGAGGCCGUUCAUCAGUGCACGUCUCAGAUUAGCCUGGAAAUGUUUCCUCGUGUAGGAAUUCUGUUUAUUUUUACCUGUUAUCAGGUGAACUGCUGCUAUUCUUAGUGGGCCCCCAUACUCUACCCACCCCACCCUGGACCCCCAUACUCUACAAUGACCAACAAACAACACCCUAGCCUGCCCUGCCAGACUCGCCUUCUGUCUAUUCUACACAGAGGAUGAGUCUGGAUACUCAGAGGCACAGAUCACCGUGACGGGCGGGACUAGCCAACUCAAAAAUAACCAAUCAGAAAAAAGACAGAAAUGACGGCCAUAUCACGUGACGCUGUGGUUUUGUUGCUGUAGUCAAAGACGGUGCUGGCAACGAUGCAAACAUUUUUUUAGAAGAAAGGAUUUAAGAGCUUCUUCUUGAUGUGGUUUUAAAGACAUAUCCAAGUCAUUUAGAACAGAGGAAAGAACCGCAGCACACUCUGCGUCAGACGCCAUCUUCAUUGUGUAUGAGAACGUGAGUGUUGCGGUAUGUGACGUACGCUGCUCAGCACCGAUUGGCUCCGUUAGAAUUCUCAGGGGGUGGGGUUAUGUGCAUGGGAGCGUUAUUAGGCCCUUUCCUUCCCAUAAGGAACCAUUGGCAGGGCUGACCAGGACAGCACCACCCUACUACAGAUGUAGAACCCAUUAGUCCUUGUAGUAGAGGCUCGUUGGCUCUGCCUGGAUCCAUCCACCCUCUGAUAUAAAAUAACGUCAUCAUCCAGUGUGAAGGGGGUCUACUGGACCUUUUCCUGGUUAGAAAAAACUGGAACAUUUUUACAAACUUAUGUAACAAACCAGGAAGUAAUAAUAUGUUCUACGGUUCUAGACCUGUGUGGGGGGGUGGGGGGACUUGGUUGGUUCCAUUUACUGUGUGAGUGGGCCUUACCUGAGCUUUGAGUUUCUCCAUAAGAUGGAACAUAUUUCUCAUCUUGACUUUUUGUUGCGUUGUCCUCAACUUGACUUUGGAGUAAUCAGCCUGAUUUAAACAGCGUUUAAGCCCUUUAAAUAUAAAUGUAUCUGGUCCAUUUCACCGGAGGUGUUACCGGCACGUACCAAGGGCGGAGCCAUUGGUGGUGGUGUUUUAACAGUUUAGAGUGUGUAAUCCAGCUUGGCGCGCCUUGUGGCUAAGCUAGCUGGUUUUUAGCAAACAUGUUUACAGGUUAAACAACCACCUCUGUCAAUUAGGGCUGGGCGAUAUAGCCUAAAAUCAAUAUCACAG